AUGGUUCGUUGCAUUGUUCUGGUAGCCCUGAGCUUAGCCCUAGGUGCCUCUGCGCUCCCCCAGGCAAACCGGAGAACAGCCACGGAGAAACGCCUUCAGUUCACAAAGAAUGGAACUUUCCAGCUAUCUAUCUUUGAGGACUUACACUACGGCGAAGCGGAGGCCACCGCCUGGGGACCAACGCAAGACGCUGAGACCAAGGUUGUGAUCAACACCGUCCUCGACAACGAAAGCCCACAGUUGGUCAUUCUCAAUGGCGAUCUCAUCACCGGAGAGAACACUUUUUUGUCCAAUGCGACCAACUAUAUCGAUGAGCUUGUAGCGCCUCUCGUGGAUCGCCAGCUCCUCUGGGCUUCUACCUACGGUAACCAUGACAGCGAUUAUAACCUGUCCCGCAGUGCUAUCCUGGAGCGAGAGAAGACCUACUCCAAUAGCCUGACAAAAAGUAUGGUCUCGGGAGCGCUUGCUGGUGUAUCCAACUAUUACCUGCCCGUUUACCCGUCGGACUCAUCUAAAGACACCCCAGCCCUUAUCCUGUGGUUCUUCGAUAGCCGUGGUGGGAACUAUUACCAGCAGCUAAAGAAUGGGAGUCAAGUUCCGCAGCCUUGUUGGGUUGAUGAGUCGGUGGUUGAAUGGUUCAUACAAACCAACACAGAGCUUAGAAAGAAGUAUGGCAGAGUGAUUCCUUCAAUUGCAUUUUACCACAUUCCCGUCAACGCAAUGCUUGCCUUUCAGAAGCAAGGGGUCAACGCGAACUAUGAGCCGGGCAUCAACGACGAUAAUCCUUUAGACCAACAGGGUGAGGCAAGCGGGCAGGGAGAGGUUUCGGGAACUGUGUUCAGCUACGCCGGUCAAGACAUUCCAUUCAUGGAGGCAAUGCUGAACACGGAGGGUCUCCUGGCGACGUUCAGUGGCCAUGAUCAUGGUGAUGACUGGUGCUUUAAAUGGGACUCGAAGCUUCCCGGUAUGAAUCUGACUGGUAACGGGUUGAACCUGUGUUUCGGGCGUCAUAGUGGGUAUGGAGGAUACGGGUCGUGGACUCGGGGAUCACGACAGAUCCUGUUGGACGAGACGACUCUGGAAAAACAGAUCUUGACAUGGGUUCGGUUGGAAGAUGGGUCCGUCUCUGGCAAAGUCAACCUUAACUCUACUUAUGGAGAGGAUUGGUAUCCCUCCGUCACGACAACUUAUACGUGA